UUGCUGCUGAUUAGAUGGAUAAAUAGGGCACGCUUUCUUCGAUCUUCUUCUCUUUUCUGGUUGCGGAGCUACUUUCCUUCUCUCUACGCACAUUGCGAGCGCCGGAUCGAUCCAUCGCCAGCCAGCAGCUAUGUGUCCGCUGCGAUUUAUCCUCGUCUUCCUCUCCGCCACACUGGCAGGGUAUUUCGCGUGGAAGAAUUUGUGGGGCGCUAGCGCCGGCGACGACGAGGAGCAAAUCGAAGAGGAAGACAGCGCCAAGCAACAGGAAUCCUCGUCGCUGCUCGACAAGGUUUGCUCCAAGACGAGUUUGUUCUUCUGGACGUUUGUAGACAUGGCCAGCGGUCGCUACUUGUGGCAGAAUCUAGUGGCCAAGCAAAGCAAAACCAGCUGAUCUGAUAGAGGUAGCGCUUCCAUUUCUCACACAAAGUCAUAGGCUAUGGCUCAUAGCGAAGAAAACUAAACAAGGAGCGUGAUCCAGCGGUCGUGCAUCCCACGCCCACAUUCGUUGACAAUUUCCUUCUAGCCAACAUGUAAAUCAUCUUCUUCUAGAAGAAAAGUUCGUUUUUUUUUUUU